UGUAAACUAAAACGUCAAUGGUCUACUGAGGCAACAGCGAAUUUUAUACACAAGUUUUUUAAAAAAUAAAAACUGAAAAGUCUGAAAUCUCAAUAUAUGUACAACAAUUAUAACAUUUUGAAAUGAAUUCUCGAAUUAAAAGAGUCACCCAUGUGAUAUUUGAUAUGGAUGGAGUUCUUUUGGAUACGGAACCAUUGUAUACUGUAGCCAUUCAGAAUGUUGUUGGUAAGUAUGGAAAAGUAUAUGACUGGUCCGUUAAGUCUCACAUAUUGGGCCUACAAGGAAUAGAAGCGCCUCGAAAGAUUGUAGAGUUAUUAGACUUACCCAUUUCUCCAGAAGAACUUUAUGAGUUGAAUAAAAUCCAAUAUAACAUUGUUAUGAAAGAUGCUCAAGUAAUUUCAGAAACAGCAAAAGUAGUUGAACAUUUACAUAAACACAACAUUCCCAUAGCUGUAGCAACUUCAUCAUAUGAAGAGAUCUUUCAUGUGAAAACAGCAAAACAUAAGGACUUUUUCACCUUAUUUAAUCACAUAGUUUGUGGAGGUUCCGACCCAGAAGUUAAAAAGGGAAAGCCUAGCCCAGACAUAUUUUUAACAUGUGCCUCAAGAUUUCCAGAUAAACCGUUACCCGAAAACUGUUUGGUCGUUGAAGAUGCACCCAAUGGUGUUGCAGCAGCUAUCGCGGCUGGGAUGCAAGUGAUUAUGAUUCCCGAUGACAAUUUAUCUGCAGAACUGAGAAAAGAUGCCCACUUAAUAGUGAAUUCUCUUGACCAAGCUCCGUUAGAUUUAUUUGGUCUACCUCCAUUUAUCAGUUAGAAAUAAACAGUUAAAUAAAAACUUAUCACAUUGAUAUAAGAAGUGAUAUAAAUCAAUAAA